AUGUUCUUUAAGCUAUUCUGCAUCGCCGCUCUGGUAGCCGCAGUAGCUGCUCAGUCCGACCACGGCCACCACGAGCACUACCACGCAUACUCCGCCCAGCACAUCUCGCGCCACGACGGCAAACCAGAGAAAGUCACUGUUGAAGUAAAAGACAAACACGGGCAUCAUGAACUUCACUACGAUUACUAUGCUCACCCUAAGUACGAGUUCGAGUACAAAGUAGAGGACAAGCACACCGGCGACCUCAAGAGCCAGCACGAGACCCGCGACGGAGAUGUCGUGAAGGGCUACUACUCUCUGCACGAGCCUGAUGGUUCCGUCAGGGACGUGCACUACCACAGCGACAAGCACACCGGAUUCGAAGCCGCCGUCAAGCACAUCACCCACCACCAUCACCACUAAUGUGUAUCAAAUGUUACGAUUAUUUUGUAUGUUGCAUCUUAGUUUAAGUGUUGAAUGUUGAUAAGUAUAAUAAAUGAAUAUUCUCUAGUA